CAUGCUCACCAUAUAUAUAUAUAGCCAUGGUCGGACGGACGGAGUAUCAGAAUGUAUCCGGCACGCGCUGUGCUACGGACUUCGUCGAGCUGCCGUCUAUCCUGAUGGAACAUUUUUUGAACUCGCCAGCAGUGCUCUCGUUGUUUGAUAUCAAGGGCAACGAACCCCUUGUCGCAGGAAACCACCACGAGGAUCCUUGUCAUUCCAUCGACACGCACACCCAAAUAUUGCUGGCCGCGCUCGAUCAAAUCUAUCACUCACCUGCUGCUCUGUCUCCGGACUUCAACUCCACGGCAGCGUUGGCGAAGCUGUACGAGACCCGCGGCCUCAUUCCCUACGUGCCGGGCACAUCAUGGCAGACGCAGUUUGGGCAUCUUUUCGGGUACGGCGCGACGUACUACUCGUAUCUCUUUGAUCGGGCAAUCGCCUCUCGCAUCUGGCGCAAGCUCUUCGCACACGAUCCUCUGAACAGGGAGACUGGGGAGCGGUAUAAGAACGAGAUUCUUAAGUAUGGCGGUGGCAAGGACCCGUGGGAAAUGGUCGGUACGUUGCUGGACGCGCCGGAGACGCGGCAUGGCGAUGCGGAGGCCAUGGCUGAAGUUGGAAGGUGGAAAGUUGAAGAUGAGGUGUCUAUGCCUGGACGCCAUUAAUCUGGGUCCGUAGAAGAUUGCGUCGUACAUGUACUGGAAAACACGGCCGCGCAUGACGCUGACGCUUUGCAGGUUGCUAUACGUCCUCCGCCGUUGCUGUUCUGAGCCC